UCAGAUGAGUCGAAGCCCAAGCACAAGUUUCUGCCGAACAUCGCCCCCCCAAAGAUCCCUGAUGGGGAAAAAGUAGAUUUUGAUGACAUCCACAGAAAGCGUCAGGAGAAGGACCUGGCUGAGCUGCAGUCUCUGAUUGAAGCUCACUUCAUCCAGAGGAAGAAAGAGGAAGAGGAGCUCACCGCCCUCGUCACCAGAAUUGAGAAGCGUCGUGCUGAGAGAGCAGAGCAGCAGAGGAUUCGAGCAGAGAAAGAGAAGGAGAGGCAGGCCAGACUCGCGGAAGAGAAGGAGAGGAAGGAGCAGGAGGAGCAGCGCAAGAAGCAGGAUGAGGACGCCAAGAAGAAGAAGGCCCUGACAAACAUGACCCAGCAAUAUGGCGGCAUCCAGCAGAAGAGCGAGACCCGGAGGGGGGCCAAGAAACAAACAGAGAGGGAGAAGAAGAAGAAGAUCUUGGCUGAGCGCAGGAAGCCGCUCACCAUCGAUCAUCUGAACGAGGACAAACUCAAAGAGAAGGCCAAUGAGCUCUGGCAGUGGAUGAUGGGGCUGGAGGCCGAGAAGUUUGAUCUCGCCGAGAAACUCAAAAGGCAGAAGUACGACAUACAUCAGCUCCUCUCUCGGGUCCAGGACCACCAGAGUGCCAAAGGUCGUGGCAAGGGCAAGAUGGGCAGCCGGCUAAGAUAAAGACGCUCGGAGGCAGACCAGACGAAUCAUGACGUUAGCGGUCGACGUGUGUAUCUGUUGAGUGCAUGUGUCCGUUGUUUUCUGUUGUGUUGGGCGACACGUUUGACAUGUCGGUGUAUCAAGUCAAUAAAAGAGUCGUUACAUUA